AGCUCACAUGUCAUUUCCGUUUGUUGAUUGCACAAGACGGUCAACUUCGGGAGAAGAAAUUCAGGAAAAGAUGUCGCUAUACACAUGUAUAACUUGCCGUGUUGGCUUUCCUGAUGGGGAAUUACAAAGGAAUCAUUACAAGACAGACUGGCAUCGGUACAACCUAAAACGAAAAGUUGCAGAGCUACCACCUGUGACUGCUGAUACAUUUCAACAGAAAGUCCUUGCCCAGAGAGCUAAGCACCAUUACUUGUCAUCACAGGUUGCAGAGGAGCAAGAAGUCCAAUUCACUCAGUGUGCUUUAUGUAACAAGCACUUCAACACCAAGAAUGCAUACGAGAAUCAUCUCAAGUCAAAGAAACACAAAGAAGCAGUCGUAAAACAGACGAUUAAACUCAAGGAUGAAGUUCAGAAAAAUAAUGAAAAAAAUUCAGAAAAAAGCACAUCUUCAGAUUUACCAGAAAAUGAGAAAAGGCUUAUGAAAGACUGUGUAAAUAUGGCGCGAAAAACAAAGCUUUCACAUUCUCAGUCAUCAUCGCAGCCAGAGGCAUCUGAAUCAAAAAAGAGCAAACCUGGAAGCAAGAUGGAGGUUUCAGAUGAUGAAGGUUCUGAUGCUGAGUCCUGUGAGAGCUGGGAUGAAAGCACCUUUGUAUUAGAGGAGUGUCUUUUCUGUUCUCAUGUGAACAAAUCUCUGGAAGACAAUGUCAAACACAUGACCUCAAAACACAGCUUCUUCGUCCCUGAUGUAGAAUUUCUGGUCGACCUUGAGGGCCUCGUAACUUACCUAGGUGAGAAGGUUGGAAGUGGCCACGUUUGUCUGUGGUGUAACGACAAGGGAAAAACCUUCCACUCUUCACAGGCUGUACAGAAACACAUGUUGGAUAAGGGUCACUGUAAACUGCUACAUGAGGGUGAUGCUGUGUACGAGUAUACAGACUUCUACGAUUACAGGACAAGUUAUCCAGAUUACAAGGAGGAGGAAUUUGAUGAUGACGAAGAGGGUCCAGGCAUAGGACUUGAGGAUGUGGAGAUGGAGGAUGCAGAGGAGGAAGAGGAGGAGGUGGAACAGAAAGUCCUGUCUACUGAAAACUUUGAACUGGUGUUACCAUCAGGAGCAACCAUAGGGCAUCGUUCCUUACAGAAAUAUUACAGACAGAAUCUACCCCAGCGAGAAUCCUCCCGUACCAAAGCCCUCCUUCCUAACAUGCUGGCUCAUUACAAGGCCCUGGGCUGGACUGGAGCAAAAGGAGCUGUUGCCCAGAAGCGAGUGAAAGACUUAGCAUUCAUGCAGAGAUUGAAAUUACGACAACACAUGCGGCUUGGUAUCAAAGCAAAUAAGAUGCAGCCUCACUUCAGAAGUCAACACCCAAUAUAAGCUGUAGGGCAGAUAUCAGAUGUAUCAUAUACCGAAGUUUAUCCUGUAUUGACUUUACUUAUCUAUUCCUAAGCAGUUUUUUAUGAGCUGUUCAGAUUCACUGAAUCAGAGAACAAUUCCACAAUCAACUAAGAUAUAUGACAAUUUUCUUUUCUCUUUGAGUAAACCUCUGAAAAUAGAGUUUAAUGAUUAUGAAAUAUUUUCAUGAUUAUGAUCUUUUACAGUUUUGAAAACAGUAACAGAAUAAAAUUAUUUAUUAUAAAAAAAAGUGCAUGUUUUAGGAAGUGAUUUAUUGCAGAGAUAAUAAUCCAUCUAAUUUGAUUAUCAAAUUACCAGUAAUUAUUUUGAAAUGGAUACAGUGAUACCUGUCUAGUCAGACAUGUUGAAGGGCACAUCAUAUUUGUCAGAUAAGACAGAAUAUUGGAAAACAUCGGGCUACGUUCAGCUAUGUUAGCUUAGACACAAUGUCAGUAUUCAAGGUCAGAUUAGAUAAAAUGAAUUUUUAGGGUCAGAUUCUGUAGAGGCAGAUUUGACAAAAUGUCAGAAUCCUUAAAAGUCAAAUUGGACAAAAUGUUAGAAUCCUUAGGGUCAGUUGGACAGGUUUCACUUUAUCAUUUUAUUGUAUUUGUUGAUUGAAUUAAUAGGAAAAGAAUGUGAAGCCUUGCUUAUCCAGUUUGCUUAUUUUACUCCAUAUAAUAAGAAUGGAAUUGAGAAUGUGAUAAAUAAAGUAAAUAUAUAUCACA